CUCCAGAACGUGAACGAAAACUGCUUCGAAAAAUGUGUCCCCAAGCCAGGCACAUCCCUUUCGAGCGGCGAGCGGACAUGCAUCACGCAGUGCUUGGAGAAGUACAUGGCGGCCUGGAAUCAGGUCGAACGAGCCUUUAUGCGGAGAGUACAGGAGGAA